UCUAAGAAAGAGAAGCAGACCUGAUACACCUGUAUGUUACUUUCCCUCCUUUGAUAUUCUGAAAGAGAAGCAGCCUUCUUCUUCUUAAACGAGAGAAAUCAAAGCUUCUGAAUGACAAUAACAGUAUGCUUUUCUAGGGUCUAGAGGUACGCUUUUCUCUCUUUUAUCAUCUUCAAUUUUCAUCACCACCUACUGCAACAACUAAUGCUCGGGAAGAAUUUCUAAUCUUCUGUCGGAGUUCAUGGAUCAGAAUCAUAAUUAUAAUGAUUGUAGUGGUAUUGAUACAUCGUCUCCAAAUGUAAGCCAAGUGGAUGAGAUUAAUUUUCCUGAUGCGGUUCUCAAGUACAUCAAUCAGAUGCUCAUGGAAGAGAGCAAUGAAGAGACGAAUUUUCUCUUCCAAGAAGACUCACCAGCUCUUCAAAUUGCAGAAAAAUCAUUUUAUGAAAUCCUCGGCGAGGAAUACCCCACUUCUUCUCCUGAUAGCAACCCUGAAAUUCAAAUUGAGAAUUUUACUCAUUACAGUGGUAGUGAGAAUGCAGCUGAAACUAGUUGGAGUGGUGAGUUUGGUGCAUAUGAAUCUUUGGCUAACAAUACCCAAAGUGUUCCCAGUGAUUGUACUUUUCAGGCGGCUCAUCAAUUGUCUUACAACCUUUCAAACAGUUUCAAUUCUGCUGCACAAGGACUAGUGGAGUCAGGGGUGGGUAAGGUUCGGGUUCCAGAUGUGCACUCAGAGAGUGAAUCCAUUUGGCAGUUCAGAAAAGGUGUGGAGGAAGCAAAUAAAUUUCUUCCAGAUGAUAAUAACCUUAUCAUUAACCUGGAGCGUAAUGGUUUUUUUUACGGUGAGAGUAAAAAAGAAGGCGGUGAAGCCGGUGAUGUAGUCGUUGAGUUGGACAAGGAUGUGCGGCAGAUUUCAUCGUAUGGGUUGAGAAAAAAGAAAAAUGUGCACAGGGAAGAUAUAGAGUUAGAAGGGCAGAGUAAUAAGCAAUUGGCAGCAGUACAGACAGCAAUGUUUGAUAUGGUACUGCUUUGUAACGGAGAAAAUGGGGAGAAGGCGAAUUCAGUUCUCCGUGAAUCCUUGAAAAUUGAAACUAGCAAGAACUCGCACCAAAAUGGUGGAAGGUCCCGUAGUAAGAAACAUGCCGGCAAAAGGGACCUGGUGGAUCUACAGACCCUACUCAUUCGUUGUGCACAAGCUGUUGCUGCUGGUGAUGGUACGACUGCUAGUGAAUUGUUGAAGCAGAUUAGACAGCAUUCUUCCCCUUAUGGAGAUGGUUCACAAAGGUUAGCUCAUUGCUUUGCUUAUGGUCUCGAGGCACGUUUGGCUGGAUCCGGGAGCCAGAUUUACUCAACUCUCCCGCACAAGACACCAUCAGCUGCUGAUUUGUUAAAAGCUUAUCAGCUCUUUAUGGUUGCACUCCCCUUCCAGAAGAUUUCAAAUCUCUUUGCUAACCAAACAAUUGGUCAUCUGGCUGAAAAUGCUACUGCUCUCCACGUUAUAGAUUUCGGCAUCCUUUAUGGUCUCCAGUGGCCUUGCCUUAUCCGACAACUCUCGAAGCGAAAAGGUGGCCCACCUAAACUUCGGAUUACGGGGAUAGAAUUACCCCGACCUGGAUUCCGUCCAGCUGAAAGGGUCGAAGAAACAGGUCGCCGUUUAAGAGAUUAUGCCAAAGAACUCAAUGUUCCAUUCGAGUACCAUGGCAUUGCUCAGAGAUGGGAAACCAUUCAACUGGAGGAUCUCAAGAUUAAUAAAGAUGAACUUCUUGUCGCCAACUGUAUGUAUCGAGCUAGGAACUUACUUGAUGAGAGUGUGAUAUUGGACAGUCCAAGGGAUGCUGUUCUGAAUCUGAUAAGGAAGAUGAAUCCCAGAAUUUUCGUCCACGGGAUUGUGAAUGGUACCUACAAUUCUCCAUUCUUUGUUACACGGUUCCGGGAAGCUCUCUUUCACUUUUCUUCUAUGUUUGAUGCGCUCGAAACAAUUGUCCCCCAUGAAAAUCCUGAAAGGAUACUCAUUGAGAGAAAUUUCCUUGGAAAGGAGGCUUUCAACAUCAUAGCAUGCGAGGGAUCAGAGAGGGUUGAGAGGCCAGAAACUUUUAAGCAAUGGCAGUCGAGGAACAUAAAGGCUGGAUUCAUGCACCUGCCACUGAACACAGAUAUCAUGAAGAAGGCGAAAGAGCAAGCAAGAUUAUACUACCACAAGGAUUUUGUUAUAGAUGAAGAUAGCCGAUGGUUGCUGCUAGGAUGGAAGGGAAGAAUCAUCUUUGCCAUAUCUUCUUGGAGGCCAUUGUAAGACUUUUUAGUUUUCUAACUCACAUCCUCUAGUAAUUCUGUAACUACUGGUCUAUUUACACUGUUCAAAACCACCAUUUAAAGGUUGUUGUCCAUUUGAGUGCUGCAAAGAAUGUAUAGUGCAAUCAUACCAGCUGUAUACAACAUAUAGAUGCAAUAAAAGUUGCACUCUUCCAGUCAGUACUCAUGAAGGUAAUGUUGUAUCCAAGUGCUGCAGAGAAUGUUUGGUACAAUUCCAUAGUAGUGUAAAACGAAGAGAUGCAAGGGUUGUUUCCCUCAUCCAGAUACUCGUGAAGGAAGUAAUGCUACUGCUUCUGCAAAUGAUUGCAAGAGUUUGGAAUUUCAUGUUCAUGAUCAGUUGAUCACCGUUUUAGUAUCCCUGAUAAUCAUUUGUAAUGUUGACAAAGUGCAUCAUGAAAGCACUGUUGUGUGUAUGUGCUUGGAAAUUAUUAAGUUAUAAAAUUAACACUUUGGAA